AUGUGUGACGACGAUGUUGCCGCUCUCGUAGUUGACAAUGGCUCUGGUAUGUGCAAGGCUGGUUUUGCCGGGGAUGAUGCUCCCCGUGCUGUCUUCCCCUCCAUCGUUGGACGUCCCCGUCAUCAGGGAGUCAUGGUGGGUAUGGGUCAGAAGGACAGCUACGUAGGUGAUGAGGCCCAGAGCAAGAGAGGUAUCCUCACCCUGAAGUAUCCCAUUGAGCACGGCAUUGUCACCAACUGGGACGACAUGGAGAAGAUCUGGCAUCACACCUUCUACAACGAGCUCAGGGUAGCUCCGGAGGAACACCCAGUCCUCCUCACUGAGGCUCCCCUCAAUCCCAAGGCCAACAGAGAAAAGAUGACCCAAAUAAUGUUUGAAACCUUCAACACCCCUGCUAUGUAUGUAGCCAUCCAGGCUGUCCUCUCCCUGUAUGCAUCUGGUAGGACCACUGGUAUCGUUCUUGACUCUGGUGAUGGUGUUUCCCACACAGUCCCCAUCUAUGAAGGUUAUGCUCUUCCCCACGCCAUUCUCCGUCUGGACUUGGCAGGCCGAGACCUCACUGAUUACCUUAUGAAGAUCCUCACUGAGAGAGGCUAUUCUUUCACCACCACGGCUGAGAGGGAAAUUGUCCGUGACAUCAAGGAGAAACUUUGCUAUGUUGCUCUUGACUUUGAGCAGGAAAUGGCCACUGCUGCAUCUUCCUCAUCCCUUGAGAAGUCCUAUGAGCUUCCUGAUGGUCAAGUCAUCACCAUUGGCAAUGAGAGGUUCCGUUGCCCCGAAGCCCUCUUCCAGCCUUCCUUCUUGGGUAUGGAAUCUUGUGGCAUCCAUGAGACCACCUACAACUCCAUCAUGAAGUGUGACGUUGACAUCCGUAAGGAUCUCUAUGCCAACACUGUCUUGUCUGGAGGCACCACCAUGUACCCUGGUAUUGCUGAUCGUAUGCAGAAGGAAAUCACUGCCCUAGCCCCUAGCACCAUGAAAAUCAAGAUCAUUGCUCCACCUGAGAGGAAAUACUCUGUAUGGAUCGGUGGUUCCAUUUUGGCCUCCCUAUCCACCUUCCAACAGAUGUGGAUCUCCAAGCAGGAAUACGAUGAAUCUGGCCCCAGCAUUGUCCAUCGUAAAUGCUUUUAA